AAUGGGGAAGGUGUUUCUCCUAGUUGUGAGUUGACAGAUGGCGACCUACCUGGCAGGAGGGGGUUGAGAUCAGGCGAUAUUUACUUGUGCCCCGCGUACAUAAGCAGGGAGUGUGUGCUGGCCAGGGUUAAGUACGAGAAGGGGCUGUUAGGCGAUCAAAGCGGCGGAAGUGACGAUGCUGGCAAAGUUGGCGGUGUGUCCACACUGGACAACUGCAACGACCAGCAGAGCGACCAGGGGGAGCUGCCCCCACGAGGUGUGAACAAACUGUUUAGAACCCUUUUCUGCGUCAACCAACGGUUACCGUUGUACGUUCUCCACGGAUUAAUACAUCUAACAAACAAGGAUCAUGUAAACAAUGCCAAGGAGUACAACGAAUUUAUGGACAUAGAAGAAGACCUGAUAGGUAAGUAUCUUAAGUUCCAUCAUUAUACACAAACCUUUUACUCCCAUUACGUUAUUGGGCUUGGCACGGAUAUUUUGAAUGUGAACAGAAUUUACAAAAUUUUGCAAAAGGGAAGUGGAGCUUUUUUCUUACGGAAGGUUCUGAGCUCGCUUGAGCUGCGGGAGUUGGUUCAGGGACACCUCGGGGAAGCGGUGGGGAGUGACAAACUGGGGGACCAUUUGAUUGACCAAUUGAGUAACGGGGAUGACAAAGUGGAUCGCGGUGGGGACUGCCGUGAGCACUCGCAGCGGAGUCUCGCGCAGAGGCUAACUACAAAUUGCACACUAAAGCUGGCUAUCCAUGUAAGCAAAAAGUUCGCAGCUAAAGAAGCGAUUUUGAAGUCUAUGGGGCGCGGUUUAAGCUCCAUUUCCAAGUACGGCCUAAGCAUGAACGAUAUAGAAGUAAGAAACGACAAGUAUGGAAAGCCCCUCGUUUUUUUGUAUGACCAGGCAAGGAAAAUAGCCAACGAAAUGGGCAUAGUAAAUAUUUUUUUAUCCCUAAGUGAUGAAAGGAUAACCUGUACAAAUCAUAAUGUUACAAAGGAUGAGUCCACGACGUGCAACUUUUGCACAUACCUGAUCCAUGCACAGGCACUUUCGGUUGGGUCAAACGUGUGA